AUGUUUAGGCUCGCUAAAAAUUUGUUAUCAGCAAAAUUUUUGUAUCCUACUUUUGCUCGUAUAUAUGUACGGCCAUUAUCCAAUUUUAAUAUGGAACCUGGUGAAGGCGAAGAAAAGAAGAUCAGCAAAAAGUAUUACCAAAUCCUAAAAUUAAAAACUUGAAAACUGGAUAUAAAUAAUAAGAAAUUGAUUGAUUUUUUUAGUAUUAAGUUUCAUUAAUAAAGCAUAACUUUUAUUUAGCGAGCUUAAACGUCAACAAAAAGCAGAACGUUUAGCCAAAGAAAAAGCAGAAAAGGCUGCUAAAAAGCAUGAAGAAGGUGAAAAACACGAUUCCGCCCAAAAGCAUGAGUCCGCCAAAAAGGAAGAGGAAGAAAUUGAUCCAAGUCAGUAUCUUUUAAACCGCUGCGAAUAUGUAAAAUCCUUAAAAGCAGCAGGAAUUGAAGCUUAUCCUCACAAAUUCCAAAUUUCAAUGGAGCUUCCAGAAUAUACAUUAAAAUGGCGACACGUAUCAACCUGCCCUCUUAGCGCAGCAGUCCAGACCUUAUGGCUAAGGCGAGCUGGGACGGACUCCGAGCUAAGAAUCAAGCGCAGGCUCAAGAGGUGUGUAUCCGGAUAGGUUUUGGCUGCUUUCCUGUGGUUAAAAAUGGAGGUGCUCAGCAACGUCCUUGGAUCCGAGAAACUAUGAGCAUUCCUCUACUGAGAAACUGGAGGUUUCGGCCCAGGUCACAGAGGAACAGUCUUUUUCCUAUAGCUGACGAAGGAAGACACUUCGAUACCCGAUAUCCCCAAGAAGUUGAUCCUUGGAAUCAAGCUAUUCCAAUCGCCCGUAGCAGGGUCGCAGAAAUCCAUAAGCCGCCUACUCAAGACUGAAGCAACAGGCAAGGAGGAGACAGAAGUUACCGAAGGGCUCUCGCAAGAGGGAUAGACUCUCUGAGCUGGAGUCAAAAAGUGGUAGAAGCUCCCGUACGGGAGAUCUUUGGUGACUGCGUCACCAAUAUGGAUCGUGUCUGAAUUUAAUAAUCCUAAUCCUAAUCCAAUGGAGCUUCCAGAAUUCAUCCGCAGAUAUUCACACUUGGAAAAAGGCCAGAAACUUGACAAUGAAAUCGUCUCGGUCGCAGGAAGAGUAAUCCAUAUAAGAGAACAUGGGAAAAUCCUGUUUUACGACUUACAAGCUGAUGGAGUCCAUUUACAAGUAAUGGCUGAUGCUUCCAAUUACCAAGGAGAUUUUACUGACAUAACCAGCAAAAUUCACCGUGGUGAUAUUGUAGGCUUUACCGGCGUCCCAGCUAGGUCAUCUCCUAUCUCGCCCUAGUAAUAAGCAAACUCUUGCUCAUUAGUGGGUUUUUUUAGCACAAAAUUUCCAAAUAGUAGAUUUUAUGUUAAUAAGUAAAUAUCAAUCUAUGCAUAUAAGAGUUAUUAUUUGAAAAUUUUGUAUUAGAACUCCCACGAAUAAGUGUGAGAGUAAGAAUAAACCUGGAGAGCUUAGCAUUAUUCCUCACCACAUCAAUAUUUUAAGCUACUGUCUUCACAUGCUCCCUACACACAGCUUAAAAGACCAAGAAACUCGUUAUCGUCAAAGAUAUCUUGAUCUUAUUAUAAACAACGAUAACAGAAAUACCUUUAUCACCCGUAAAAAAGUCAUCCAAAUGGUCAGAAAUUUCCUUGACACACGCGGAUUCACUGAAGUCGAAACCCCAAUGAUGAACAUGAUCCCUGGAGGAGCCUCAGCCAAGCCUUUUGAAACCCAUCACAAUGACCUGAACAUGAAGCUUUAUAUGAGAAUCGCCCCAGAACUUUACCUCAAAAUGCUCAUAGUAGGAGGAAUGGAAAGAGUUUACGAGAUCGGCAAACAGUUCAGAAAUGAAGGAAUUGACCUUACUCACAACCCUGAGUUCACGACUUGUGAGUUUUAUUGGGCUUAUGCGGAUUACAAUGACCUGUUGACGAUUACUGACUCCGCUCCUAGUGCGAUCAAAACAAUUUAAAUUUUUAAUUUUAAAAUAUUUACACCAUUAUUUUUUUGAAAUUAAAAAAAAUCCAUUUCGCAAAAAUUGAAUUCAAAAAUUAAUUUUAUUUGAAAAUUUAUGUUUUAAAAACUUAAUCUGUCUAAAAUUCAACAGAAUUAGCCUGAGUUUUUUUUACCCAAGGAAUUGAUACAUUUUUCCAAUGGUUUUGUUCAAUCACUUAGGAGGAGUGAGCAAAUGAUCAGCGGAAUUGUCUAUGAAAUUAAAGGCUCACACAAAAUAAAAUAUCACCCAGACGGCCCAGAAGGCAGAGAAAUUGAAAUUGACUUCUCAACUCCAUGGAGACGUCUUCCUAUGAUCGCUUCAUUAGAAGAAGCUACUGGAGAAAAAUUCCCAGCCGACUUAUACUCUGAAGAAGCCAAAGUUUUCUUUGAAAAUCUGUGUCAUAAGCACCAUGUUGAAUGCAGUCCUCCUCGCACCACCACUCGUUUACUAGACAAGCACAAUAUUAAAAAUGUCAGUUAGGGAUAGGUCCUAGCUCCUGCUCAAACAGGAUGGACCUAUAUACCGAGCUCAGUGAGAGAAGUCAAUCUUCUUGAGAGCUUCGGCUCUGAAGAGAAGGGUCACUGCUGUAUCUGGCACUGACUAGAGAAGUCUUAACGAGCUUAUUAACUUUAACAGUUCGACGGUUAGGCCGAUUCACCUACUGUUGUUCAGAGCUGUUAAUUUAGCUGAACCUCAAGCAAGGGGACUUUAUAGGCAUUCAAGAUGCUAGAGAGUAAUUCAAUAAACUUAAACUUAAACUAGACAAGCUAUGUGGUCAUUUCUUGGAAUCCCAGUGCAUAAAUCCUACAUUUAUCACUGAUCACCCACAAAUUAUGAGUCCUUUAGCUAAAUACCACAGAACAACCCCAGGACUAAGUGAAAGGUUUGAGCUAUUUAUUAACCAUCAUGAGUACUGCAAUGCUUAUACUGAGCUUAAUGAUCCAUUUAAACAAAGAGAGCUGUUUGAAGAGCAAGCCAAAGAUAGAGCAGCUGGAGAUGAUGAAGCUCAAUUCUUAGAUGAAAACUUCUGCACUUCACUAGAAUAUGGGCUACCUCCAACUGGUGGAUGGGGUUUGGGUGUUGAUAGGCUCACUAUGCUUCUAACUGACAAGAAUAACAUCAAGGAAGUAUUGUUGUUCCCAGCCAUGAAGCCUAUUCUUAACUAA